AGAGACCCAAUCAAAUUUUUUUGUAUGAACGAGGGAUUUCUCUUCUCCGCAAAGUCGCUCUCGGCAGCGUUGCUGGAGCUAAAUCUUCUCUCGUGCCGAUCCCCCCGAAUGAUCCACGCCGCCGCGCCGGGUUCAGGCUCUUGGAUCGCGCGAUAUUCCCUUUCGCUGGCAAAUGCGAGCAGCAAGAACAGGGCAUUCGAUCGAUGCGGCGUCAAUCUUGUUCGAUUAGGAUCGUCUCCUGGAACGCGAUGGUCACCGCGUAUGUGGCGGCAUCCCGCAUCCGAGAGUGGGCAAAUUGUGGCAGCGAAAUCGAGCUUGGGCAAAAACGCCGGCCAAGGAUCUCGUGUCCUGGACGAAUCUACUGCCCAGAAUGACAGGACGUUCCAUGGGUUCCCCUUCCAGCAGUGAAUAGCAGAGGAAGAAAUCUUUGAUUUCAUGCCGGAUGAAGACGGUAUUGAUUCGGCCAGUAGCUGCUCUCCAGGAUCCGCGCGUGGAUCCUCUGGCCUCGCAGCCCCUGGAUGUCGUCCACGUGGACAAUCAGAUGGAUUCCAAAUCUUGUUUUUCAAAUAAGAGGUGCUGAAAUAAUAUUUUGUUAUCUCCCAGUGUUCAUGGCUUUGUGGUUAUAGCAUGCACGCUGUAAUGUUCUAUUGUGAAGGGUUGCUGGGUUCGAUUCCCAUCCGCCUCGACUUUCAAUUAAGAAUAAUACGGUGUUAGGGUCGCCCCCUAACAUGAACACUAUUUUA